GCAAACGCGCCGCGGAGAGGACGUGCUCUAACGCGCGUCGAACUCCGCAACACGCACUUAAUAUUUAUAACACAAAACUGAUUACGAAAACAUUAUUAUAACUCAGUAACUAUCAUCCAGUUACUAUACAAGGACUGUUAAGCCAACGCUCGAAAAGGACCACAGUGAAGUGAAAUGGUAUCAAGUUUUUCCUCAGCGCGCGAGUGUAUCACGUACUUUGUUUCGGAAAUGGUGAUAUCGACCCACGGAGAGUGCUUAUGAGACGUUUUGUAGUGAAAUGAAACAUCUGUGAUAAUGUAUUCGUUAACAACAUUUUUUUGUGCCCUGCUGCACGUUGCCGUUGCGGUGCUGCCCUACGGCUCGGACAAGUGCGUUCGGAUUGCCGAUAGGGACUUGGAAAGCAGUGUACUAUGUAAAACACGGACUCUUGACGUUGAUGGUGACAGUAUCGCAUCAGUUACUACGGACACAAAUCGCCUUACUAUUGAGUGUAAUCAUUUACUACUCUUCGAAAGUUCACUAAGAGCGCGGUAUUUUAGCCGACUCUCUGGUCUGACGGAUCUUUCGAUAACAAACUGCAAACUACUACAAGUACCGGACAACACAUUUCAAGAAUUAAAUAAACUUAAAAGGCUGAAACUACGCUCAAAGAAUUACGAGUGGAUUCCAACCAAGAAUUUGGAAUUAUCUUUGAAUGCUUUCAAUGGAUUGUCGAAAUUAGUUUCAUUGGAUCUCGCCCAAAAUAACAUCAAAUUUAUUCCUUCCGGCGUGUUUUGUCCGUUGGGAAACUUGACUACAUUAAACUUGACAAAUAACAGAAUAAAAACAGUCGGACAGCUUGGCUUUGGACAGGGAUGUGGAAUGAAUAUCCAUAGUUUAGAUUUAAGCCACAACGAGAUUAAAACUCUACCCGAAUCUUCAGAAAUACUCAAACUGGGAAGUUUACGAUAUCUUUAUUUGCAACAUAACAAUAUCACAGACAUAUCAAGUGAUGUUUUCAAUGGACUUAUGAUAAGAGUACUGAACAUAUCACAUAAUAAAUUACAAAUUCUCCCAGAAGGAUUAUUUGCUAAUGCUCGCGAAUUGAGGGAGUUGUAUAUUAAUGACAACUCAUUAUUUGAACUGGGUCCAGGAGUUUUCCAUCGAUUAGAAGAGUUGAUAGUUUUGGAUUUGUCAAGCAACCAACUCACAAGUAACCACAUUGAUGACAACACUUUUAAGGGAUUGAUACGCUUGAUUGUUCUGAAUUUGUCCAACAAUGCUUUAACCAGGAUUGGUGAAAAGACAUUUAAAGAUUUAUUUUUCUUACAAGUAUUGAACUUGAAAAAUAACUCAAUUGGCUAUAUAGAAGACAAUGCCUUUUUACCUCUUUACAACCUUCAUACACUAAACUUGGCUGAAAAUCGACUUCAUACUAUUGACGAAAAUCUAUUCAACGGGUUGUUUGUUUUAAGCAAGUUGACGCUAAACAAUAAUUUGCUAGUAAACAUAGACCGGCGUGCUUUUAAAAAUUGUUCGGAUUUAAAAGAACUUGAUUUGAGCUCCAAUCAACUAAUAGAUGUUCCGGACGCUUUAUGGGAAUUAUCUAUUCUUAAAACCCUUGACUUGGGAGAAAAUCAAAUAUCUGAUUUCAGAAAUGGCUCCUUUAAAAACCUAAACCAAUUAACUGGUUUAAGAUUGAUUGACAACCAAAUUGGGAAUCUCAGCGUUGGAAUGUUUUGGGACUUACCAAGCUUACAGGUCCUUAACAUCGCUAAGAAUAAAAUCCAAUCAAUAGAACGAGGUACUUUCAGCCGGAAUACACAGCUGGAGGCUAUACGGCUUGACGGGAACUUCCUUUCGGAUAUCAACGGCGUCUUUUCUUCGCUCGCGAGUUUACUGUGGUUGAAUCUCUCUGAGAAUCAUUUAGUGUGGUUCGACUAUGCGUUUGUGCCUAGCAAUUUAAAGUGGUUAGACAUUCACGGUAAUUUUAUUGAACAUUUAGGCAAUUAUUAUAAGUUACAAGAAGAAAUUCGUAUAAAGACUCUAGAUGUUAGUCAUAAUCGUAUAGCAGAAAUAUCUCCAAUGGCAAUUCCUAAUAGUGUAGAACUUUUGUUUAUAAAUAAUAACUUUUUAAAUAGUAUACAUGUGAAUACAUUCUUUGAUAAGAAAAAUUUAACGCGUGUGGACAUGUACGCUAAUGAAAUUGUGCAUUUAGAGUUAAAUAGCUUGCAUUUGGCAACAGUGCCCCAAAACAAAAGUUUGCCCGAAUUCUAUAUAGGUGGUAAUCCGUUUCAGUGUGAUUGUACAAUGGAGUGGUUGCCAAUUAUCAAUAAUAUGACUGCGAUGAGGCAGUAUCCGCGUGUGAUGGACUUAGAAAAUGUUUUGUGUAAAAUGACGAACACUCGCAGUGGAACGCAUGUGCCCUUAACUAAUCUUAAGACUACAGACUUUCUUUGUAAGUAUGAGACUCAUUGUUUUGCAAUCUGUCAUUGUUGUGAUUACGAUGCGUGUGACUGUGAAAUGACUUGCCCACAAAAUUGUACUUGUUACCAUGAUCCUCUAUGGAAUACUAAUGUUGUUGAUUGUUCUGGUCAAUCAUCUAUUGAAAUACCUCAUAAAAUACCCAUGGACGCUACAGAAGUAUUUUUAGAUGGUAAUAAUAUCAAAGAACUUCAAAACCAUGUUUUUAUCGGUAGGCAAAAAAUGAGAUCAUUGUACGUUAAUAACAGUAAUGUAGACAGUAUACAAAACCGAACUUUCGCCGGACUAAACGCUUUACAAAUUCUUCAUCUUGGGAAUAAUAAAUUAAAAGAGUUGAACGGCUAUGAAUUUCAACAACUUAGCAAUUUAAAGGAACUAUUUUUACAAAAUAAUCUCAUAAGUCAUAUCGCGAACAUAUCAUUUCUUACAUUAAAAUCGUUAGAACUGUUACACUUAGACGGAAAUAGAUUAGUUGAUUUCGGAGUAUGGACGUUCAACAAUAACCCCAGUUUAAGAGCUUUAUCACUCGGGAAUAAUUUGUGGUCUUGUAAAUGUCGUUACCUGCAAGAAUUAACUGCAUACUUGGCAGAGAAUGCGCAAAAAAUUGUCGAUAUAACUGAUGUCUGGUGUUGGAACGGAGAAGCCAAGCCGCCACAGAAAAAAGAGCUUAAUUUGAAUGGCACAGCCUGCAGCGAUUAUUACGCUGAUAAUUCCGUCAUUGGAAAUAUGUUGGUAUCGAACUAUGUUCCCAUGAUGGUGUCUACUCUCACCGGUUUUAUGUUAAUUUUAUUGGCGCUCGUCAUACUGUUUCUCUUUAGAGAUACGUUAAGAGUAUGGCUUUAUACGAACUGUGGGAUCAGGGUAUUUUCGUUCCCGGGAACUUUUGAAGAAAGCGAGAAGUUAUAUGACGCAUAUGUGUGUUACAGUCCUAAAGAUGAAGAAUUUGUCGUGCAGUCCUUAGCUUCAAAAUUAGAGGAAGGUAACCAAUCUUACCAUCUUUGCCUUCAUUAUAGAGACAUUCCACAUCACGGUGCUCAAUAUAUGCAAUGUGCACCACCAGUUGUUGAAGCCGCAGAGGCCUCAAAACGAAUAAUAAUAGUCCUGACAAGGAAUUUUAUGCAAACUGAAUGGUCUCUAUACGAAUUUCGUCAGGGGCUGCACGAAGCUCUCAAAGGGUCUAUUUAUAAAUUAAUUUUCAUUGAGGAUUGUACUGUACCAGAUGCUAUGUGUGAUCCGGACAUGCGACCUUAUCUUAAAACAGGGUCACGACUGAGAUGGAAUCAAAAAAGGUUUUGGGAGAACCUUCGGUAUAUGAUGCCGGACUCGCGUUCGUCCCACAAAGGUCGGAGUCAUAAUUAUAGGAAAAAUAUAAAUACAUAUACUUUAGAUUCAUCUGUGCCUAAUGUGGAUCAAUAUAAUCGAACUAUGCCAUACUAUUAUCCUAAUAAGUCGCCCGCGAUGGGUGAACAAGGAGCGAGUGCUCCUCCAGAAAAUAGUGAAGUGAGGCAGUCGCCUGCGGCCGUGCGUCAGACGCAAGGAGUGGUGUAUGGUCCAGACGGCAGGCCAAUUUCCGAUCAUAUUUACUCUUCUAUAGAUUCUGAUUAUUCCUCUUUGGAGCAUGGUAUGGCACCCGGGCGGCGGAGGGAUAUGCGCCAAUGGCCUCCCCCGCCUCCCUUAGUUGACACAGGCAACGCCGUGCAAGCUUACCUAGUCUAAAGGGCGUCUUUCGUCCAUCUUCCAGUCACACUGUAAAUAAGUAGAUUUUAGAAUGCUUGUACAUACUGUAAUGUAAUAGUCCGUAAGCGCUAUACCAAAUCUAUGUAUGUAACUAAACUAUUAUUGCCUGUUCGUUAUCCUGUGUAUAGUAGAUUAUGUAAUAAAAUUUUAAAGACUGCUGUAGCAUAUGAGUAUUGUAAAUAGAAAAAAAUAC